AGCUGUGCCUGUGCCCCCACUCAAGCACUCGCUGACUCGCCCCCCUCCUUCUUCCACCCGCACCCACCACCACAUGGAUUUCUCCGCGGGGGGCGGAGGCGGCGGCGAGCCGGCCCGGUGGCUGGAGAUCGCGGGAAAGCUCCUGGCCGCGCGCGACCUGGUCGGCUGCAAGCGCCUCGCGGAGCGCGCGGUGGACGCCGACCCGCUCCUCCCGGGCGCCGACGAGCUCCUCGCAGUCGCCGACGUCCACCUCGCCUCCCAGCGCCUCCUCCCCUCCGGCCGCCCCGACCCGCUCGCCGUCCUCCAGCUCCAGCCGGACCCCGACAAGGCGGACGUCAAGCGGGCCUUCCGCCGCCUCGCCAACCUCCUCGCCGCCUCGCGUAAUCCUCACCCCGGCGCCGACACCGCCCUCCGCGCCGUUGAGGAAGCUUUCGCCCACCUCCGUGACCGUGAGGCCACCUCCACUGCCACCCCUGGCCCUUCCGCUCCUUCUGCUGCUGCUGCUCCGGGCGGCGCCCCGGCCGCGGCGGCGGAUACGUUCUGGACGGUCUGCCCCAACUGCUGCCAUGUGCACCAGUACCAGCGCGCGCUGGUGGGGCGCACGCUCAGGUGCCCCAGCGCCGGGUGCCGGCGCGCGUUCGUGGCCUCCGAGAUCCCGUCUGCGCCGCCUAUUGUGCCGGGCACCAACCUGUACUACUCUGCCUGGGGUUUCGUCCCAAUGGGCUUCCCUAAGGCCGCUGAUCUGACCACCAACUGGAAGCCAUUUUGCCCCAUGUUUCCGCGGGACUCAUCUGCUCCGCAGCCAGCAUAUGCGGCCACUGACAAUGUUAGUAAGCAAAAUGUUGAGAAUAAUGGUGGACAUACUAAUGCCAACAUACCGCCAUCAGCUGCGAAUCCGUCAAAUAAGAGUGCUGGUGGUGGCACUGGGUCAGGGCCACCUAGAGGUAGAAUCAAGAAGACGACUGCCCGCAAGAAGGUUGGCGCUGGCAUCAAGAAGCAUGCUUCCGGCGGUGUGGAGAGUGGCAUCGAACCAUCUUUGCUUGGGUCGGAUGGGAGUGAGAAUGCAGGGAAUGGACUGACAGGGAGUUCAAGAGGAAUUAACAUAAAUGAAGUGGCAAAGGCAACUGAUGGAAGCUCAGUGUUGCGUUUUGGUGGGGAUGAAGAUAUCGGGUUUGAUUUGGAUGUUGAUGCAACGGAUGAUAUACUGGGGAAUUUACAUAACCUGCCAUUCCUGAGGGAGGAUGACAAUCCCAGACAGCUGUUUUAGUUGAUGUGGUUGGUGAGGUGUUCCAUGAAUAUAGUGUAGGAUAGCAUGGUUGGAGGAAUUCCUGGAUUGACUGAUCUUUUGCUGUCACUCUUGCUUUUAUUGUCAUGGUGGUCUUAUCUUUAGUAGUAAUCUACUAUGUGUUUGUAGAUAGUCUGUGGUCUCUUGUAGCAUUUGGAUGAGUACUCUAGACAAGUCUGUAGAUGUAGAAUAUCCCCAAAUCAAUUUGGGGAUCUGUUUGUCAUCCACUCAUCCCGGAGUGCACUCAAGGAGUUUACUGGUGAAGCAAAUAAUGUGCCCUGCAUGGAUGAUCAGUCAGACUUUUAUAAGAGUUUAUCAUGCAGCUGAGAUCUCAUGGAGCAUCCCCAAAGAAAAUAUCUGGAUCACAGAAGCUCCCCCUUUUGGUGACAUCAGUUGACUGACUGCCUUGAGCCCUUGACCUCUCAUGAAAGGAGCUGAAUAGGAGAAACGCGUGGGCUUGGUUUAGGGAAGAUAUAUCAUUAUCUUGUAAACUGCAGUUCCUCCUUUCUGUUGCUCCCUGAGAUGUUUAUCUCCUAGCCUGAAAAUGUAAGCCGAAAAAACUGCUGGUAUUUGUUUUCCUGUACUUGCUAGACAUGUUAAUUAUCAGAGAUCCAGCAGCUUUUCCGGCUUUUCUCCAUAAUCAUCAGCUAGCUCCUUAUCUUCGAA